AUAAAUCACCGGGCAGUGGUCUUAUACGCAUGUCUGACUUAAAAAUAAUUGUUGACAAGAUUAGCCCUGUAUUAUCUAAUCUGAUAAAUCUAUCUGUAAAAUAUCACAAAUUUCCACAAAAAUUAAAGGAAGCAAUCGUUCGUCCGGUCUAUAAGAGAAGCGAUCGUAAAGUUUUUUCGAAUUAUAGACCAAUAGCUAUACUAUCAAGUAUUGACAAAAUUAUGGAAAAAUUGGAACUUUUUUACAAAAAAAUAAUAUCUUAACGGAAUGUCAACAUGGCUUCCAGAAAAAUAAAAGCACCAACACCUUGUUAUCAAAUUUUACAGACGAAAUUAAUGCACAUUUGGAAAAUAAAAAAAUUAUUGUAGCUAUUUUUUAUGAUUUUAAGAAGGCUUUUGAUACCUUAAAUACUGAGACCCUCUUAAAUGGAAUGGAGGAGUGCGGACUGGGGCAGCCGUUGAACCCUUGGUUCAGCGACUGUCUCACGGCGCGCUCUUACCGUGUGAAAGUCGGCGACGCAUUCAGUGAGGAGAAACAAGUAAACUGCGGCGUCCCCCAGGGUUCUGGGUGUGGGCCAGUGUGCUACCUGAUGUAUGUAAAUAGCCUCUGUGAAGUAUUACGUCACUGCUCGGCCCACAUGUUUGCUGAUGACCUUUGUACUCUCAGCGCUAGUACCGACCUCUCGGAGAUGUGUCGCCGGGUUCAAGAGGAUGUGGAUGCGGUAGUUAAAUGGUCACAUGAUAACGGCAUCAUAUUAAACGCUGACAAAACAAAGAUGAUAAUUAUUCACUCCCCGUAUUUAAGUUCUAUUGAUAAUCCACCUCCUCUUUUUGCGCACGGCUUUGAUUGCUUUCAUAACAACAAAAUUAACUGUACGUGUAAACCUAUCGAAAAAGUUAAUUGUGUAAAUUAUCUAGGAGUAAAAAUAGAUAUGUCUUUUUCUUGGGAUUCCCAUAUAGAAUUUUUGUGUAGAAAACUAAGAAUUUUAUUAGAAAAGUUUUACCAUUUACGUACUAAAGUCUCAUUGCCCAUACUAAAAUGUUUAUAUUUUGCACUUGUGGAUUCCAUAAUAGGUUACGCUCUUGACUGCUAUGGGUUAACAUUUAACAUAGAUUCCUUGUACUUGUAAAUAACCAUGGUAAGCAGGAUCGUUUUACUAGUUUGGUGCAUCAUAUAACUGACACAAGGUCAAUGUCCAAAGGUAAAUUUGAAAUACCCAUGGUGCAAAAUUAUUAUGGAGAUAGAACGUUGAAGAAGCGGAUUCCAUACUUGCUCAAUAGUUUACCCGAGGACAUAAGACGUGAGACUUCAUUGGAUAAAUUUAGAGGUUUAUUAAAAACCAUUUGUUAAAUAUGCUGUAACCUAUAAGUAAAUUAAGUGUAUUAGUAUUAGUUGUAGUAGCAGUGUUAGUAAUUUAGUGAUUUAGAAGUUAUAUUUAUUUAAGGCGAGUCACCUGCAGUCAAACUGCGUAAGCAGUUUUGCGGGGCAUGGUUUGAUUUAAGGUGUAACUUUUUUGUGAAUAAAUAUAUUUAAAAUAA